GUUAAUGUGCUAUCACUUCACAUUUGAGGAUGUAAAUUUAAAUAUGCAACAUAAACAAUUAUUUAUUUUCGAAUUUUUAAGUAACCAUUUCUGUUUCAAGCAUUUUUUUUCUGUUUCAAAAAUUUUCAGCGGCAGACAUUUUGAUGCAUCCCUACUUCACAGAGGUGUUCUUAUCUUGUGCUGUUACUGGUGCCAAGCAAGCCUGAGUGUGGUUUGUUCUCUGCACAGCUAUGUGUUGCCUAUACAGCUGGAGUUGCACUUACUGCCCCCUGCUGAAAACAGGUGGUACUUCAAGCUGUAAUUGCGCCAAUGUUUUGUUUGUAGAUAAUCAUCACGAGAGCCGCUGGAUGUGAUCUGCUGUAAAGUAGGAAGGAACUGAUCUGUCCUUGCUGAAUAUUGCUGAUUUCAUCAAAGAAAUGUCUCAGCUGAAGAAAGAAGUAGCGUCACUGAAGGAUGUAUCUGGUCUCUCUCUCCACGGUUCCAUUGAUCAGACCUCCACAGAGUCUCUGGCUUUUGUCAAUAAUUGUGGAGAACAGCAGAUGCUUCAGAUACCAUUGAAGAUGUGCUCAGUGAAGCUGGAGGACUACAGAAACCUGAUGGACAUCAGAGGAGAAACCACAGCAGAGGGAGAACAGUGUGAUGAAGAUGAUGAUGAUUUUAUUCCUUCAGGCCUGGUGCAAGUGAAAGAGGAAAGUCUGGAACUGAAUGAAGAGGAGGAGAAACAUCAGAAUCAGGAAACUCAUUUCAGAACUGAAGAAAAAGCUCUCACAUGUUCUCAGAGUGGACAGAGUUUGAAUCAUAAAAGACACCUUAAUGAUCACGUGAGAAUUCACACUGGAAAGAGGCCUUACACAUGCCAUCAGUGUGGACAGAGUUUCAAACAGAAAAAUCAUCUUGAUGAUCACAUGAGAAUUCACACUGGAGAGAGGCCUUACACAUGUGUUGAGUGUGGACAGAGUUUCAAACGUAAAACACACCUUAAUGAUCACAUGAGAAUACACACUGGAGAGAGGCCUUACAUAUGUGUUCAGUGUGGAAAGAGUUUCAAACGUAAAGGAUAUCUUAAUGGUCACAUGAGAAUUCACUCUCGGGAGAGGCCUUACACAUGCCUUCAGUGCGGACAAAGAUUCGAAGGUAAACGACCUCUUAAUGAUCACAUGAGAAUUCACACUGCAGAGAGGCCCCACACAUGUGUUCACUGUGGAAAGAGUUUCAAAACUAAAGGACAUCUUAGUACUCAUAUAAGAAUUCACACUGGAGAGAGGCCUUUCACAUGCCCUCAGUGUGGAAAGAGUUUCAUAAAGAAAGGACACUUUAAUGAUCACAUGAGAAUUCACACUGGAGAGAGGCCUCACGCAUGUGUUGAGUGUGGACAGAGUUUCAGUCGUAAAGGAUAUCUUAAUGAUCACAUGAUAAUUCACUCUACAGAGAGGCCUUACAUAUGUGUUACAUGUGGAAAGAGUUUCAAACGUAAAGGGUAUUUUAAAGAUCACAUGAGAAUUCACACUGGAGAGAGGCCUUACGUAUGCCAUCAGUGUGGAAAGAGUUUCAUACACACAGGCUCUUUGAAAUAUCAUCUUCGUUGUCACUUGAGUUAGGUCAUAACUGAUGAGUCAAAUUAAAAAAAAUCUAUAUUUGGCAAUACACCUAAAAAAACACAUGCGAAUUUAUACAAAUGAGAAUUGUUGUGCUGUUUUUGUGGAAAGUAUUUUUCACAGCUUUAAAUGACACCAGACAAUCAUGGUUCGUGUGGUCAUGGAAAUCCUGGAAAAGUCAUGGAAUUUAGAAACUGGGUUCUCCAGGCCUGGAAAUGUCAUGGGGAAAAAAACAAGUUAACACUGAAUGUUUUAAUCAUGGAAUUUUACCGUGCCAGUAACAGUUUUUCUCUGCAUUCAGAGGAUGUGCCAGUAGUGCUGGUCACAUCGUGGGUACGUACACCAAUCAGCCACAACAUUAAAACCACCUGCCUAAUAUCGUGUAGGUCCCCCUCGUGCUGCCAAAACAACUCUGACCUGUCGAGGCGUGGACUCCACAAGACCUCCGAAGGUGUCCUGUGGUAUCUGGCAUCCAAAACAUUAGCAGCAUAUCCUUUAAGUCUUGUAAGUUGCAAGGUGGGGCCUCCAUGGAUCGGACUUGUUGGUCCACCAUAUCCCAUAGAUGCUCAAUCGGAUUGAGGCCAAGUCAACACCUUGAACUCAUUGUCAUGUUCCGCAAACCAUUCCUGAACAAUUUUUGCAGUGUGGCAGGGCGCGUUAUCCUGCUGAAAGAGGUCACUGCCAUCAGGGAAUACCGUUGCCAUGAAGGGGUGUACGUUGUCUUCAACAGUUUUUAGGUAGGGGGUACGUGUCAAAGUAACAUCCACAUGAAUGCCAGGACCCAAGGUUUCACAGCAGAACAUUGCCCAGAGAUUCACACUGGCAGACCCUGCCUUCUUCCCAUGGUGCAUCCUGCUGCUGUCUCUUCACCAGGUAAUCGACGCACACAAACCCGGCCGUCCACAUGAUCUAAAAGAAAACAUGAUCCAUCAGACCAGGCCACCUUCUUCAAUUGCUCCAUGGUCCAGUUCUGACGUUCACUUGCCUAUUGUAGGCGAUUUUGGCUAUGGACAGGGGUCAGCAUGGGCACUCUGACCGGUCUGUAGAUAUGCAGCCCCAUACGCAGCAAGCUGCGAUGCACUGUGUGUUCUGACACCUUUCUAUCAUGGCCAGUUUUUCAGUAAUAUGUGCUACAGUAGCUCUUCUGUGGGAUCGGACCAAACGGGCUAGCCUUCACUCCCCACUCACAUCAAUGAGCCUUGGGCACCCAUGACCCUGUUGCCGGUUCACCAGUUUUCCUUCCUUGGACCACUUUUGGUGGGUACUAACCACUGCAUACCGGAAACUCCCCACAAGAUCUGCCGUUUUGGAGCUGCUCUGACCCAGUCAUCUAGCCAUCACAAUUUGGCCCUUGUCAAAGUCACUCAGAUCCUUACACUUGCCCAUUUUUUCUGCUUCCAACACAUGAAAUUCAAGAACUGACUGUUCACUUGCUGCCUAAUAUAUCCCACCCCUUCACAGGUGCCAUUGUAACGAGCUAAUAAAUGUUAUUCUCUUCACCUGUCAGUGGUUUUAAUGAUGUGGCUGAUCAGUGUAAAUAUUACCUUAUUAAUUGGUUCCAUCUUUUUGGGUUUGAGUCCAAUUUCUUAAUGUGACAGAGGUAUUUCAUGGGUGCUUAUUAUAUAUUUUAUGUACAUAUGUGUAUGUAAUAUGAUUAUCUGGUGUAAUUGUUUAUUUUGAAAGAGGCUUCUAUUUAUCUGCAUCUGAAAUGUGCCAUUGCCUAAGCUCUGCUGUUUUGCCUGCAUUGUUUUGCUAUAGGCGUUUUCACACACCCGCGUUCGCACAGCGGAAGCAUUGCUUUGUUGCAUAAAACAACUUCUGCUGCAGUCUGUUUCAAUGACAGUGCCCAUAGCGUAGAAUUAUUAUGGUCUAUUUUAUGUACAAUUAAUCUCAAAUACUUUAUCUAAAGAGACCUACCUCUCCUUCCAAUCAUUACUCGGGGAUGAUGAAGCAAAUAAAAAUGGUGUCGUGUUAUUUUAUUAUUUUAAAGAGGGUAUGUAUGGGAGUAGGCAGCACUUCAAAGAGUAUACAGUGCAAGAAAAAGCAUGUGAACCCUUUGGAAUUACCUGCAUUUAGAUAUAAAAAAAAUUAAAUCUGGUUUGAUAUUCAUCUAAAUUACAAUAAUGAACAAACACAAUCUGUUUUAACUAAUAACACAAAUUAUUGUAUUAUUCUUGUACAUAUUGAAUACAUCAUUCAAACAUUCACAGUGUAGGUUGGAAAAAGUAUUUACAGAGGUGUAGUCAAGACCAGACCCUCCAAGACCCAGACCCAGAUUAGACCCCUUGAGACCAAGACAAGACCCUCCAAGACCACGUUGAUAUGGUCUCAAGAUGUCUUGAGACCAAGACCACAAAAUCAAGACCCCACCUUUGGAAAAUACCCCUGUUCAUUUAAAAAUCAAAAUAUUGUAAUAUGAUAAUAAGAAUUAUUAUUUUCAUUGAAAACAUGGCAGGCCUAAAUUGCCUUGUGAUGAUAGUCAUCACUAGUAUGAAAUCAAAUAUCAUUUUACAUAAUUUUCAUUUUAAAGAGUUUGCGGAUUGGUAGGCAUGGUUAUGUACUUUAAUAUUGUUAUAUGUUACAAUUCUCAUUUUAAGAAAGUUAGCAGUCUAGUAAAUGGGAAAUCAUAUUUUUUUUUUAAAAUGAUGAUGUUGUACCACGUGCUUCACUAUUUAAUGUGUGACAUAUUUUGCAGGUUUCUCUCCAUUUCUUAUUUUCAGAAUCUUCAGAAUUUUCAAAUGCAAAUUUUACCACUGCAGCCUCUGACAUUUUCCAGACUGCUAUAUAGAGAAAACAGUCCAGUUUUACAAGAUGCCUUCAUAAUCCAAAUAUAUAAAAAAUAAUACAACUAAAGUGGUGACUUGAAUUGGCUAGUGCACAACAAUUGAAGUCUGCAUGGCAUUAGUCUGAUUUUCACUGCAUGUACACUAUUAAUAAUUAUGUAUACUAUUGAACUAUUCAAACAACUAUGCAUAAAGUUAUGCACUGAAAAUAACAAAGCAAGAAAAAUGCUGAUGUGAAAUAUUCGCAAUAAAUGAAAAUCACAUUUUGAAGGAACUGAUUAAUUGAAAUUAGUCUGAAUUCCCAAAAGCAUGGUUAAUUGAGAAAUGUGUUUCAUGUGCAUUAUUAUUCUAACAAAAUAAUACUGUUUAUUUUUUUUUAAUCACAGACAUGUCAGCUGAGCGCAUAAAUGUAACGACCAAUCAGAGGGGUUUAAGUCACCGGCUCAGCCGUUGCUCACAGACUGAGUUCUGUACGUGCUUACUGCCGCACUCUCAAGCAAGGAGUAAAUAAGAAAUGUAUUGUGCAAUUAUGACAGCUUUAUUGAUUAUAUUGAGAGUUUUGGGGAGAGUGCAGAACUCAGUGAGCUGUUUAACUUAAGUGACUGACAGCUUCAGUGAUUAUAAAUGGAGCGUGUUUUGCUCACUUUCUGUAUAUAAUUUAAUCACAAUUUAAAUAAGUUUUAUUUCAUGCUGCCAAGAAGAGGAACAUUGUAAAGUUGUCCAUUUGGUCACUGUCUUAAUUUAAGCUACUAAUGAAUAAAUAGAAUGAACUAAUUCAGGAACACAGUUUUCAGCUUGUUUGGGAUGUGUAGCUGCAUACGUAUGGCAUGCAAUAAAAUUAUAGUAAUAGAUCUUAUUAAUAGUGAUUACAAUAUCAGGGGAAAAAAAUCUUUAAUUAUGAUUUUAGUCAUAUUCAUUCAGCCCUACUCCUGCCAAUAAAGAACACCUCGCAACGUAACAAGCUUAUUGGGUCAUGCGAUUACCCAGAGUGAAGUCACGGCUUCUACAUGGCAGAUGUAAUUAUAAAUCAUUAAUGUUUGCUUUGUGUUGUUAAACCAUAGUUCUUGCACUUACAUUUGUUUGAUGAGAGAUGAUGCUUGCCGACACAUGCGGUAUGACCGAGGCAGAAGUACUGUGCUUGCAAAUUCUCAGUAAUGGUAAAGAUGCAGCGCCAAGUAAUGGCUGAAAUAAUAAUUGCAUUUAGUGCACUGGUAAAUACACAGCGAUCAAGACCAUAGGCCGAGACCGCGAUCCAGACCAAGACAUUAAAUGUUGAGACCAAGACCCAGACCCUGACCAAGACCACCGUUUAUAUGGUCUUGAGACCAAGACCACAAGAUCAAGACCACACCUCUGAGUAUUUAAACCCCUAGGCUAAUGAUGUCAACAAAAGCUAAGUAGAGUCAGGAGUUGGCAAACCUGGCAUCCAUUUAAUGAAACGAGAUUGGAGGUGUGGGUUAGAGCUACUUUGACUUAUAAAAAGCACUCAGACAUUUUUAGAUUAGUAUUCACAAGAAGCAUCUGCUGAUGCAUUGUGUGUUGAUAGCUUAAGCACAUUGUGUUUGUCUAUACUUGUGACUUUAAAGAUAAGAUCACAUUUUAUGACCAAUUAAUGCAAAAAACAAACAAACAGCUAAUUCCAAAGGGUUCACAUACAUUUUCUUGCCACUGUAAGUAUUAUUUUUUAUUAGAGGAAUGCAAGAAUAUAGUAAAAACGAGAACACAUCCAGUAGGUACUCAAUUAAAAUGAGACUCUUUACAGCAUGCAGUACUGCUGCGGUAGAACCUUAAAUUCUCACACGUGAGACUCGUUCGCAAAAUCACUGCCAGGAGGAGCAAAGGGACACUUUUGGCCCCAUAGUUUAGUAUUGUGAAGGAAGUGAGUUAUUAUGAUUAACAGUGUUAAUAUUAUUAUUUUAAUUAUAUUUUUUUUUAAUUUUGAUGUGUAUAAGGCAAUUAGGGAUGCUCCGAUCAGGAUUUCUAUAGCCAAUACCGAUCACCGAUCUUCUUUCCACCUGAUUGGCUGAGACCGGUCAUUUCACCUUUUAUCAAGACCUCUGUCAUAACUGGCUACAUGUAAGCUAUCUGCACACUGACACUAUUAAUUGAAUUGUCCUCUUCCCAGUAAUAUAACUUUGCCUUGUAUUUGCUGACAAAAAAAAAAAAAAAAAAAAAUAUUUAAAAUUCUUAUUAAAAAAGCUUUUUAUAAUAAUAAGUAUAGGCUAACAAAAUAUUCUGCAUAUUAAGAUAGAUUUACUCUCUAUGAAAAAUGAAUGCUUAGUGUCAAACUAAAGACAAAUUGAUAACCCAUAGGUGCAUUUACACUUAAUGUGACAUUUUUGGUUAUUGAGUCACUGUCAUUAUUUCAUAUAAUAAUUAUUAUUCCUCAUUUUAUUUCUAUUUUAAUUUUGCAUUAUAUUUAAAACAUUGUGUUGUGGUAUCUUAAUAUUGUAUAAAGAAUUAUUAUAUUGAUAAAUUCCUUCCCUGUCUAUUCAUUUAGUUGGUCAAUUGUAUUAAUUGUUCAUCACCUGUUGCUGCUUGAACUUUUAUGAGGGGAACAGCGCUCUCUUAUGAGGGCAAGAGAUGAAAGAGCACAUGUUUCUGAACACUACAGGUGUUGCUAUUGUUAAUGCUGUUUAA